GGUGCAGGCCUGGGCCGGGCCGGCGAGGACGGCGGCGGGAGGCGCCAUGGCUCUGCCGGGUGGAAAUAAGGAUAACAUCAGAGCAGGAUGCAAGAAGUGCGGCUACCCUGGCCAUCUAACAUUUGAAUGUCGAAACUUCCUCCGAGUAGAUCCUCAAAGAGAUAUUGUUUUAGACGUUAGCAGCACUAGCAGUGAAGACAGUGAAGAAGAAGAACUACAGAGAUUGCAAGCCAUGCGUGAAAAAAAGAAUUUAAAUGAGGAGGAAGAAAAAAAGAAACAAAGAAGAAAAAGCAAAGAAAAAACAAAAUUAAAGAGACCAAGAAAAAGAUCUUCCUCACCAAGUGCAGCUGAAGAGGAUGGGCCAAAGUCAAAAAAACAAAAAUCACACAAAAAAGAAAGGGAAAAGGAAAAAAAGAAUAAAUCUAAGAAAGGAAAACAUCAUAAAAAGGAGAAAAAGAAGAGACGAAAGGAAAAAAGUUCAUCUUCUGAUAGUUCAGACAGUUCUAGUAGUGACUGAGGUGCUGGCCUAUUUUUGUGUUCAAUUCUGCAGAGAAGAUGAUUUUCCUUUCAAAUCAAAUUUAUUUAUGCUUUGCAAUGCUGUUGUUUUAAGAUGAGAUAGAUAUAUAUUUUUAAGAAAUCUAUUUGCAAAUAUCAGUGCUUCAAAUUAUUAAAUGGACCAUUUGGGAAAAAAUUUGCUCUUCUAUUUCAAGUUCAUUAGUACUAAACCAUGCAAGUUUAACUAGUUCUUCAGUCUUAUUCUUAGUUCAGUUGUGAUUAGUUGUGUUUGGAGUCCUUUACACUAGGAUAUGGUAAACUUCAGUUUGUAAGUCUUUGUGUAGAAAGAUUUGGACUUAAAUAUGCUUAAUGUCAGAAUGGUUAAAUCAAAUUUUGAAAUUCAAGUGAGAUUUUCUAUUAUGUUAUCCUUUAAAUAAAUGUAUGUUUUGCAUAACAUUUUCUACGUACAUACAUUAAUCAGUAAGUGCAAAUAUGAAAUAGUGUUUGGGUCUGGAGAAGGGAAAGAAUGGGCAAUGAGAAGCUAAAAGAGAUUGCUCCUUCAAAAUUAUCUUCUAAAAUUGAUCUAGUCAUAGACUGUGAAACACCAUUACACAUUCUUUUGGCAGGAUCACAGUGAGCAAGCUGAAAAGAAACAAAAGUGAACAAAAGCUAUUAAUUUUUCAAAAUCCUUUCUUUCUGCCUAGGUUUUGUUCUUUUACAAUUACAGCCAUUUCACUUUUGACACAGAUGUAAAGUGCCACUUCCUAACACUAGAUGACUGUCCAGCAAGAUUGUUUACAAAGUUCUAAGAACCAUGUUAAUACAGUAUGCAGCGAUUAAUGCCUACACUAACUGAAACAGGAAAUUCAAAGACUGACAAUUGACAAGAAUCGUGAAGCCUCCAUUCAUUCUAAUAAAACUCCCAUUGAAAAGUUAAAAACCGAACAAACAAACCAACCUCUUGUGGAAUGUACGCAAUCUAUCAUGUUGAAGUUGGUAGCAAAAUUUACCAUUUGCUAUUGGGAGCAACAUUAAGUAUGUCAAAAUUUUAUGACUGGAUUCUGGGGUAUCCAAUUCGUAUCUUGUACUGUGGUAGGGUAUGGGUUCAAGACAGACUGAUGCUUUUGAGUUGAGCAGAUUUUAGCUGUACAAUCCUACCCCAGAAAUGCCUAAAUCUCAAAAUGCCUAUGUUUACAGCUUCUUGAAAAUGCUCUUCCUGCCUGCGGUUUCGUUUCUUUCUGCUUAGACACAGAACUGCUUCCACCUGAGCUGCCUGGCAUACAGCUGCAGUGUAAGUCUCACGGGAGUCAAAAUAUGAGGAAGAGCAACACCUAAGCUUUCUUAACAAUAAUAACCAUUGCCUAUGUUUUCUACAGUGGUUUAGAGCAUUGAGUCAGUACAAAAUGUUUUACGGUAUUUUAAAGGUUACUGCAUUUGACCUGGAAGUGAGAUACCUAGAUCUAACUCUGUCUUUCAAACUUUUAUGUCUCAGACCAGUACCCUUAUUAUUGGGCAGCUUGUGCUGUAGACGCUGUGCUAGGGAACAUAAAGAUCAAAAUACUCAUGGAAGCCACAAAGAGAAAUGAUCCGUAACCUUCUAUGCAGGUCUCUCAGUAAAGGAUGGCAAAGAGCCCUUGCAUCUGCUCUUUUUUCUUACUGGCUUUGGUCCAAUCUAAUUUUUCAUGUCAUAUAUCAUGAUUUCUGGGAUGGGCUUGGAUAAUAUAACUGAAGAAAGACUGGACUCCUUAAGUAGCGGAUACCUGUGCAUAGUAUAAGGAAUAUUUCUUUCAUAAGUACUAAUCUAACACAUUCUGCCACCCUGUUCACUCUAGUCUCCUUAGUGUUGCUGUGGCUGUUAGAGCUUAUUUUUGACUGGGUUAAUUCUCUAAGCCAGUCAUUCUGUAGAGAGCAACGGGGGACUUGUGGGCUAGUUAAGCCAGUACUGUUGCCAAAGGAAAUAUUUAAUCAAGCCACAGCUUAAGACAGAACUCAUUGUGAUUUUUUUCCCCUAAAAUGUUCCUUACUUAAUGAGAUUGGAAAGGUUAUUGGAGUUAGGGUAAUUCAGAACUCGUAUGUAAUUCUCCCAUGAUCUUCUCAUGAUCUCCCAAUGAUCCCGUGAUGCCAACUCUGGGGAAUGGGAGUUUGUACCUUAUUUGUUUCUUGAUGUUUGAAAGCUUCAUCUGAAGACAAGGAACUGAAGGGAAAUUUUACUGAGCUUUCUAUACCAGAAUGGCUGAAGAGUUUAUUAAACAACCCUUAUUAGAGUUACUAUAUCUCUAUGCAUAAGUAUAAUUUAUUCAUCAAACUAUAUUUAAUGACAAAUCAGAGAAUGGAUAGAGGCUUAAAGUUCAGAAAAGCAACUGGUAUGUAUUUUAGUAGUGUUCCUUAUACUUUUGUGUAGUUUCAAAUAGCCAUUUUAGAUUCGAGUUCUAAUUGUUGAAAUCAAAAGAUUACCUAUCUAAAUAAUAGUGCAAUUACCUUCCAUGUAGCAUUACAGCAGCUCUUUAUGGUAGUUACAAAGGUAUUUUGUAUAAGAGUUUAAGGCAUGAAUUUCAAUGUUCAUGUUUUGCCACUUGUUACUAGCGUACGUAGAUUUUCGUAUUGGAAAAAGUCUUUUCUAAUUUGAACAAUUUAAAUAUCAUUAUUCUCUCAAUUCAUGCAUUUAUGUAACAGAAUAUCAUGUGUCAGCUUAUUUCUCAGGCCAUAUUCCCAUUUUAUUUACAAAGAUGUACAUUAAAGUCAAUAGAUUUUGCCACAGAAGUGGUCAAGAUUUCAGGUAUAUUAACUGAUAUAUCAAGGAGAUGCUGCAAUGAACAGUUCUCUGCCAAGUUAAUAUUUGCUAAUCUUUAAAAGUGAUAUAAAAAUAAAUAAUAUU